AUGGCGCUGGCCCCCCUGCCCCAGGAGGGCACCAUGGCUGUCAUGGUGCGCGUGCGGCCCCCCAGCCCCUGUGAGCAAGAGCAGGUCGUGCACCGCAUCCUGCACGUUGUCGACCAGCACGUCCUCAUCUUUGACCCUGAGGAGCACAGUGGCCCCCCCAGCAGCAUGCUGCCCACCCACAGGCCCAAGCAGCAGGGCAAGGACCUGAAGUUUGUCUUUGACCAGGUUUUUGGGGAGGGGGCCACGCAGGAGGAGGUGUUCGAGCACACCACCUGCGAGAUGUUGGACAGCGUCCUCGAUGGCUACAACUGCUCCGUGUUUGCCUACGGUGCGACUGGAGCAGGAAAAACCUACACCAUGCUGGGCUUGGAGAAAAGCCCCGGCAUCAUGUACCUCACCAUGAUGGAGUUGUACAGGAGGAUUGAGGCCAGAGAGGAGGAGAAGAGCUACGAGGUCCUAGUCUCCUACCAGGAGGUGUACAACGAACAGAUUCAUGACCUGUUGGAACCCAAGGGCCCUCUGGCCAUCCGGGAGGAUCCCGAGAAAGGAGUUGUAGUUCAGGGUCUAUCUUUCCACCGGCCCACAUCGGCAGAGCAGCUCCUGGAGAUGUUGGCCAAUGGCAACAAGAACCGGACGCAGCAUCCCACCGAUGCCAAUGCCACCUCCUCCCGCUCACACGCUGUCUUCCAGAUCUACUUGAAGCAGCAGGACCGCAUUGGUGGCCUCACUCGGGAUCUGCAAGUGGCCAAGAUGAGCUUGAUUGACCUGGCAGGCUCGGAGCGAGCUUCGGUCACCAAAACCAAGGGAGAGCGGCUCCGUGAGGGUGCCAACAUCAACCGCUCACUGCUGGCCCUCAUCAAUGUCAUGAAUGCACUGGCUGAUGUAAAGAGCAAGAAAACCCACAUCCCGUACCGGGACAGCAAGCUCACACGCUUGCUAAAGGACUCCAUUGGCGGCAACUGCCGCACCGUCAUGAUUGCUGCUGUGAGCCCCUCCGUCCUGGCCUAUGAGGACACCUACAACACGCUCAAGUAUGCCAGCCGGGCCAAGGAGAUCAAGCUGUCGCUGAAGAGCAACGUGCUCAGCUUUGACUGCCCCGUUAGUAAAUACGCUGUGAUCUGCGAGCAGCUGAAAGCAGAGGUGGCAGAUCUGCGGAAGAAGCUCCGUGCCUAUGAGGAUGCUGCCCAGGAGAAAGAGAACAGGAUGCCGGCACCACUGUCUCCCAGUAGGUUGGAGGAAGCUGUCCCAAAGACAUGCGUGGCCCUUGAUUUUCAGAGGGAGAGUGAUGGAGAGCAGCAGAAGCUGGAAGAUGGAUGGCCUGUUCAGCUGCAGCUGGAAUUGGAGAAGGAGGCUCCAGAGGAAAUGCCUCCCAGCAGCCUCAGAGCAACCCACCAGACAGAUAUCCAGCUGGAACAGAAGAAACCAAGCCAUCUUCUACAGGGGUUGUCCGGCAGCCAGCCAGAGACGCUUGUAGCUGCCGUACUGAAUGUUGCCCAAAAGCAGUAUUCCCUCUUGAAGGAUGCCAACCUCCUUACUCCUGACAUGGUCUCUGAAUUUGAGGAGCUGGAGCGCCUGGUCCAUCAGGAGGCUGAUGUAAACCUGGAGCAAGCCACAUCUCUGAACAGACCCACAGAGGUCAGCGGGGCCACCCCAGCCCAGAGGAUGCAGCAGGGCUGUGACGCAGAGGCAUCUGUUGCUGUGUCCAGUACCCCUGUGACAAGCACCACCCUGCAAUGCUUGCGGCAGCUCACUCCACUCUCCAGUUCCAUGCUGAUGGCUCCCAGCCCAGUUAAGAAGAGGAGGAAGUCUGGGAGGAAGUUGGGAAAUCCCCGCAGCCUCAAAACACAGAUGAAAUGCCAGCGGGGAUGUGGGAAAAAAGCGGAGACUCCUAGGGCGAUGCAGAGCCUAGGCAUCUCCUGUCUCAAAGCAGCAGCCCAGACACCCCCUGUCUCCCCGGUGCCAUCACGUUGCACCCCCAAAAUCUGCACACUGACAGUCACCAAAAGCCAUGUGCCCCUGGCAGUGUCAGCUGCUCAAAACUGCUGCAUCUGGCCUGCCCUGCCCGUCCAUGACCUGAAUGUGACUUUCGAGAUCUGCAAGGGCUGCGAUUCACCUGGCAUGGCCAAGCCAGCUGCCUUCAGCACACCUGAAUUCUCUGUCUGGGACAAUGUUCAGAGCAUCCUAAACAAGAAGGACACACCCUUUGUGCCCAAAUCCUGUGUCCCAGUGUUUGCCAUGAGGGGUUCCUCCAUCCCCAAGCCCUCCUCUGUCUCCAAAGCAUCUGCGCAGAAGCGGAGGCAAGUGGAGAGCACCACUUACCCCUCCCUGGGUAGGCUCCAGAGCCGCAUCGCCCAACUCCCGAGCAGCAGCCAGAGAUCUGUGAAGCCCUCCCGCAUCCCAGAAUGUCCUUCGGGCGCCCUUGCCUGGAAGGGCAGCAAGAGGACCACCAAAGGGCUUGCGGCACGUGACGGCACAGCCCCUGCUCCCACCCCCCAGCCAAUGAAGUUCUAA